UGUGCACUUGCCACUCACUUUUGGACCUUAUUCCGGAGUUUAUCGAGUAUUUGCGUAGUGCAUUCCUCGUGUCGAUUCCUCUCUAGCAAAAUCUGGCCUCUGCGACAGGUGUACUUACUCGGCAAGUUGUCCAAUCCCUUCCGUUUCCGCGCGGGACUAUCGACACCACCAGCGGCAGACAAGAAUUUGCGAGCACGAGCGCAGAUCGGGGCUACAAAACCAUGGGCGGCGUGUACACGCGUGUUCAGAACAUCUCGUCGCUGCGUCCGGGUGACCACAUCUGCAUCUGGGACUACAGUCGCUGGCCGUUUUCGUACCAGCACCACGGCAUCGUGUGGGCCUCGAGUGACCGGCCCGAGGACAUCCGUGUAUGCCACGUAUGGAGUCCGCUGCAAGGAUACAAGGAAGCUCAAGCGGACUCGUGCUUCCGCAUCUCCACACUCGAGGAAUUCCUGUACAACCGCAGUCUGAGCGACCUUCGUCUCGUGGAAUAUCACACAUCGGCGUUCCGAGAUUUUCUAUCCAAGUGGGGCGAAGUGCAUCGAGGCAAAUCGGAUCUGCCUGAAGUCGUAUUGGCACGGUGCAAAUUUCUUCUUGGCCUAGGCAAGGGCGACUUCAAUAUCUUCACUCAGAACUGCGAGCACGCUGCACAUUGGUGUAAGACCGGACAGCAGUGGUCCAAACAGAUACUUACCAAAGUCAGUGGCCGUGUGCCAUUCGAGAAGCGAGUUACGAAGGAGGACGUGGAUGCUAUGGAGAAGGAGAUUGAAGAAAUCAAGGCAGUAUCGCGUACAGUGGUGAAUAAUGUGCUCAGAUUAUCAGGAUCGAAAGUGUAUUUGCGUGUUCAAGGCAACAAGUACGCCCGGAUAAUGGACGACGGACUUCACGUGGACGUUGUCCCCCAGGGGGAUAACCCGGAGACGUGUGGACGCACAGCCUUCCGACUCGAAUGUUAUUCAAAGCAAUACAACUGCGUAAAGGUGGCAUUCUACCAUGAAGAAUCGGGUCGCUACAUGUUCAGCCGCUCGACGUUCUCGUGCUUCCGAGAUUUACGAAUGAAGAAGGCCAACUGUCUGCGCGGAACGUCCGGCAUGCGAUGGGAAUACUCGUCCGGUGGUCACUUGAAUAGUAUGAACCAGCACCGCAGGUAUAUUGGAACUCGCGACGACGGUUUGCUGGUAGACGUGAGCCUUCGCGGGGACGCGUCGUACUUUGAGUUUGUGCCGUGCGUGCCACCAAAAGCUGUUGCCAGUGGCGAAGCAGGAUCUUAUGUGCCGCCGGAUAUUACGCUGAUCAAGCGAUCGUAUAACCACGCCAAGAGCGUGGAGGAAACGAGAUCGCAGAGCAUGCUCGAGUUCGAGGAAGAGCGACGAGGGCUGCACGAUGCCACCCCUCUAUAAAGAGGGCGAUGAUGACGUCGGAGGAAAAGGCUCAGCUGAUGCUACGAACCUGGUUCAAGCUCAGGUCAUCGGGAGACACUGGUUGAAGAGGCUCAGUACAUUAGGGAAUCUAUGAAAUGGCACAUCCCAUUACGAAA